AUAUUAGCAAAUACAGAAAAUACUCAACAAAUAACACCGGAGUAUUAAAAUAAAACAGAUUGUUUGGCCGCGAUCGUAUCAUCUCUUCCACGCACACGACCGCGAAACUUAUACCUGAGUAAGAGCAAACGUGAAGAGAUCUGCACCGGCCCAUACUUCUACUGGAAUGAGACAGGAAUAAAAAAUCAAGCAUGAGUAACGAGACGUUCCUUGAUGAGACUUUGUUCGAAUCUUUGGACCAGUUUUGCGGAUCGCCAUUUUGGAAUUCAACGUUAACAUGGCACACCCUUGAUCCCGAAUUUACGCCAUGUUUCGAAAAAACGGUCCUGGUAUGGAUCCCUUGCCUAUUUCUUUGGGUAUUUUCCCCAUUGGAAAUGCACUACCAAAAGGCCAGUCCGAACAAAUAUAUCCCAUGGAACUGGAAGAAUUCCUUGAAGUUAUUAAUAAAUGCGUUAAUUUGCGCCCUAUGUCUUAGUGAUUUUAUCACUAACUCGGGUAAUGAUGUGCUGGUUAAAGUCGACAUUUACCAGCCUUUAUGCCGACUAGUGACCUUUGGUUUAGCAUGGGUUCUUGCCUACAGAAACAAAGUCCAUGGAGUGAUGACCUCCGGAACGUUAUUCCUAUUUUGGUUGUUAUCCUGUAUAUGUGGUGCCCCCCAGUUUAGAACUUUGGUCAGGGCAGCUCGCAGUGACACCAUAGAAGACUACUAUGAAUAUCUUAGCUUCAUCAUCUAUUAUCCUUUGGCGAUAGCUAUGUUGCUGCUAAACUGUUUUGGAGAGGGCAUACCUAAGAUUUAUCCUUAUGGAAAACUAGAGAAAAAGAGCCCUGAAAUGGAAUCGAGUUUUUUGAACAGAGUGACCUAUUGCUUUUUUGAUCCAAUGAUGUACAAGGGUUGGAAAAAUCCACUAGAGAUGAAGGAUAUGUGGGAUUUGAAGCCUGAGGACUCUGCUAGCGCGCUGGUACCUGUUUUUGAGAGCAGGUUUGCUAAAAAAGUGGAACAAAAUAAAAGGAAAUUCUUGGCUAAACAAGGAGGUAAUGCAAGAAAAGUGUCUUUCAAAUCAAACCACGGUUCAGUGACCGGUUCUGACCCAACCUUAAAGCCCAAACCAGUGUCACUUAUCCCAGUUUUAUGGAGUUGUGUAUACCCUACUUUUAUAAUGGGCGCGAGUUUAAGAUUGAUCAACGAUGUAGUUCAGUUCGCCAAUCCUACGUUUUUAGGCUUGAUCAUUGGAUUUAUUGGAUCAGACGAGCCAGCCUGGAAAGGAGCAUUGUACGCCGUAACCAUGUUCUUAGUGGCUUGUUUCAUGACCUUUAUAAACAGCGUGCACUUCGAUCGUCUCUUCGUUGUUGGGUUACGUGCUAGGACUGUUUUGGUUUCAGCCAUAUACAGAAAAGCCCUUAGGAUUUCCAAUGCGGCACGUAAAGACAAAACUGUGGGAGAAAUCGUUAACCUGAUGUCGGUUGACGCACAGAAGUUCCAAGAGCUGGUCAUGUUCGUCAACUUCUUAUGGUCUGCCCCCAUAAGCAUCAUCUUGGCCAUCUCCCUUUUAUAUCAAGAAUUAGGAGUUGCUGUCUUUGCAGGUCUUGGUACUAUGAUCCUCUUGAUUCCCUUAAACACUGUAAUAAUUAACAGGUCAAGGAGGUUACAAGUAAGACAAAUGAAAUUUAAAGAUGAAAGAACCAAAGUGAUGAAUGAGGUCCUAGCGGGGAUGAAAGUGCUUAAACUGUACGCGUGGGAGGAGAGUUUCGAAAAACAAAUCAGCGCCAUAAGAAACAAAGAAAUCACCACUUUAAAGAAAUCUGCCUACUUGAACGCGGGAAGUCAGUUUAUCUGGAAUUGUGCUCCAUUCAUGAUCUCUUGUGCAACUUUCGCGACCUACGUCCUUAUAGAUGAAAAGAACGUUCUCGAUCCUUCUAAAGCAUUCGUAUCUCUAUCCCUGUUGAACUUACUCAGACUUCCCAUGUCAAUGUUGCCAAACGUUAUCAACCAAGUCGUCCAAACAUGGGUGUCCGUUGGCAGAUUGAACUCUUUUCUUAAUGCUGAAGAAUUGGAACCGUAUAUUACGCAUGAGCCAUCAAAUGAUCCUGUUCUCAUCGAAAAUGGAACGUUUACGUGGGGGGAUGAGCCUACUCUUCAAAACAUUAACUUGAGAGUACCUAAAAAUAGCCUUACAGCUAUAGUAGGAGCUGUAGGAUCGGGAAAAAGCAGCUUGAUCAGUGCCACUUUGGGUGAAAUGGAUAAAAUAUCUGGUAAAGUGAACACCUGGGGUUCUGUCGCUUAUGUACCUCAACAGGCCUGGAUUCAAAACGCAACCGUGCAAGAUAACAUUCUUUUUGGAAAGCCUUUUGAUAAACUUAAAUACAACAAGGUAAUUGAAGCAUGUGCCUUAAAGUCAGAUUUUGAAAUGUUGGCCAAUGGGGACCAAACAGAAAUAGGUGAAAAAGGAAUCAACUUAUCAGGAGGGCAAAAGCAAAGGAUCAGUUUGGCAAGAGCAGUUUACGCGGACUGUGAUAUUUACCUUCUAGAUGACCCCUUAAGUGCCGUAGAUUCCCAUGUUGGAAAACACAUUUUUGAUCAUUUGAUAGGUCCCAAUGGAAUGCUCAAAAACAAAACCAGAAUUCUAGUAACUCAUGCUAUCACCUACCUGCCACAAACCGAUAACAUAGUCGUAUUAAAAAAAGGAGAAGUUACAGAAAGUGGAAGUUAUUUACAACUUUUGGAAACCAAGGGAGCCUUUGCAGAGUUCCUUCAACAGCAUAUCACUGAAGAAGUUCUCGAUGAAGAAGUACUGGAUGAACUUCAGGAACAAUUAGAAAAGACCCCGAUAGCUCAGGAAUUAAUUAAAACAAUCUCAAGGCAAAGGUCAAGGAUUUCAGAGUCAGGAUCAGUUGGAUCCCAACAAGGGAUUAAUGCAAUUGGACGAACAGAAUCAAGGGAAAGCUUAAGAAGUAAUCGAAGUAGGAAACCCAGCAUAGCACUUAGGAAGAGAAGUGUUGCUAAGUCUGUCAGCGGUAAAGAGGAACCAGCCAAAAAUGGAACGCCAAAGCCUGGUAGAGACAGAGGGAAACUAAUUGAGGCAGAACGUGCUGAAAAAGGAAAUGUGAAAAUGGGAGUCUAUUGGUACUACUUGAAUGCGGUCGGUUUGUUGUUCUUAUCAGGCACCGUUUUGUGGAGUUUAUCUUUCCAAGGUUUUCAAAUUGGUACCAACGUAUGGCUCGGGAGAUGGUCGGAAGAUGACAGGAUGUACCAAAAUGGCACUCUUGACACUGGUCUUAGGGACAUGUACCUUGGAGGCUAUGGCGGUCUUGGUCUUGGACAAGCAGUCUCUAUGUUGCUAUGUGCUAUGAUUUUUGCAAAAGGUACAAUGGAAGCUGCAGCCAAAUUGCAUAACCUCAUGUUACACAAUAUAAUGCGCCUACCGAUGUCCUUCUUCGAUACCACUCCCUCUGGACGUAUUCUGAGUAGAUUUUCCGGUGACGUAAUCGGAAUUGAUAUCCGAUUGCCCAUGGCUUUUAAUGUGUUCAUCAAUAACUCCUUUAGGGUUCUUGGUACAAUAGGCGUUAUUUGCUUUACGACCCCGCUGUUCAUCGCUGUAAUAAUCCCUUUGUUGGCUCUAUACAUUUUCAUUCAAAGGUACUACGUUGCUACCUCACGUCAGCUUAGGCGUAUUGAAUCAGUAACCAGAUCCCCGAUCUUCACGCACUUUAGUGAAACUGUCUCAGGCACCACAGUAAUUAGAGCGUAUGGACAAACUGAACGAUUCACAACAGUUUCUGAUGAAAGGGUGGACAAAAACCAAAAAGUCAUUUAUCCAAACAAUACGUCCGGCAGAUGGCUUGCGGUUAGAUUAGAAAUGAUUGGAAACCUAAUUAUCUUGUUUGCUGCCUUACUUGCAGUUUUCAACACAACAGGUCUUAGUCCGGCUCUUGUCGGUCUUUCUGUCAGUUACUCCAUGAAUAUAACAAACACCUUGAAUUUCUUGGUGCGUAUGAUCUCAGACGUAGAAACUACAAUCGUAGCAGUAGAGCGUAUGAAGGAGUAUUCAGAAAAGCCUCAGGAGGCUUCUUGGGAAAUUGCUUCUACAAAACCCUCACCUGAAUGGCCAGAAAAGGGACAGGUGGAAUUUAAAGAUUACAGUGUAAGAUACAGACCCGGCCUAGAUCUUGUGCUUCAAAAAAUCAACUUUAACGUCCACGGAGGUGAAAAAGUUGGUAUUGUAGGAAGAACUGGUGCAGGAAAAUCUAGUUUGACUUUAUCACUAUUCAGAAUCAUUGAAGCAGCUGAGGGACAGAUCCGCAUUGAUGGAAAAACUAUUGGAGAGUUGGGACUUCAUGACUUAAGGUCCAAACUAACAAUCAUUCCCCAGGAUGCCGUUUUGUUUUCUGGUACAUUAAGGAUGAACUUAGAUCCUUUCAAUUUAUAUGCUGACCAAGAUGUAUGGAGUGCAUUAGAAUUGGCACAUCUAAAAGAGUUUGUCAAAGACUUAGCAGCUGGACUAAACCACAAGGUAUCUGAAGGUGGAGAAAACUUAUCGGUUGGUCAAAGACAACUUAUAUGCCUGGCAAGAGCCUUACUACGUAAAACAAAGAUUUUGAUCCUCGACGAAGCCACGGCAGCUGUAGACUUAGAAACUGAUGAUCUCAUUCAAAAGACAAUCAGAACUGCCUUUGCCGAUUGUACUGUCCUGACAAUUGCUCAUAGAUUGAACACCAUCAUAGACUCCGACAGAGUUUUAGUAUUAGAUAAGGGUCAAAUAGCUGAGUUUGAAAGUCCGAAUAAAUUGUUAGAGAAUAAAGAAUCCAUAUUCUUUGGAAUGUGCAAGGAUGCAGGAUUAGCAUCUUAAAAUUUAGUUCAAUAAAACAGAGUAAUGCAUUUUGUAAAUAUAGGUUUUUAUAUAAAAUGGAACAAAUAAUUCAAGAAUAUAAGUGGGAUACUAAAAGCAGUGUUACCAGUGCGAUGUGUGAUGUGAGUCAUUAUAAAUAUAUAUUAGUUACUUAAGCAAUGUUUAUGUAUUUUUGAGACGAUGAAUAAAAGUCUAAGUUUUAAUGAUAAAAAA